UACGGGGGCACCUGCGCCUCUUUCUUGGUCAUUCUUCAUUCCGCUUGGGCGACGGCAGCAUGUGUUUGCGAGUCCAGCGCGCCUUUUGGUAGAACAGCAAGCAUUUCCGAGGCUACGGCUAAUUGGAUCAAAAGUAAUCGCACACCAAGCCAAGAAGGGAUCCAUAAAUUGUGUGCGGCGAUCAGCGAUGGACAACAACCAUGUUGACCGGCCCUGAGUUUCGAUGUCGCAACAGAACCGCAGGCAGCUGGUGUUCUGGCCGCGGGUCGGGGGCGCCGGGGGUGGAAGCGGUGGCCGGCAAAUGUCUUUCUGGGACGGCUCGCACCUCAGCCUAGACGAGUCGCCGACGCACACCCCCGCAGACGAGGGAAGCGACCCCGAGAGCGAAUCGCAGUUUUUCGACACGAUUGACAAAUUUCACAGUAUGCCUGAGAAACUUUUCAAGGUGAUCAUCAUCGGUGAUCCAACAGUGGGCAAGACGUCUUUCGUUCAACGCUAUGUGCAAGACAUGUUCAAGAGGGACUACAAAGGGACAGUAGGCGUCGACUUUGCGCUAAAAAUCCUCCGUUGGUCCGACACGCAAACGGUCAAACUGCAGCUAUGGGACAUUGCAGGUCAAGAACGAUUCACUUGGAUGACCCGGGUUUACUACAAAGACGCACACGGUUGUGUCAUCAUGUUUGAUCUAAGCAACAAAAACUCGUUCGCCAACACACUCAAGUGGAAGAAGGAUGUCGACUCCAAGUGUACCCUGGCGGACGGCAGCCCCAUCCCCUGCAUGUUGCUCGCUAACAAGUGUGACCUACCAAAUCGACAAAUUGACCAGAUGGAGAUUGAAUCUUUCUACAAAGAGAACAACUUUAUCGGUUGGACGGAGACGUCCGCUAAGGAAGGACUGAUGGUCCACGACUCCAUGAAGUUCCUAGUGGACGUGAUGAUGCGGCAGGACGGAGGGAAUGGAUUGGAGAACAUUUCUGGCAGCCUGACGCUGAAAAACUCUGCAUCGCAGCCCAGGAAAGGGUGCUCGUGUUAGCCGGCUCAAGGAUUAAUCACCUUUAGAUAUUCGGCCAAAUAUAACAGGAGGGUAACAAUGAUGUGUUCAUACAAAAGCUCCUUCAAAGUCAUGGAACAAGGUAGUUAUUAGUAAAUGGCACGACAAUUUUGUCUUCAUAAUAUUUUGCUCUCUAUUUGUAGAGAUUUUUGUUCACACCGCGUUUAAACUUUCUUGGCUUCUUGAGCUAUAUCACACUGUACAUAUGUUUAACUAGAGUCUUACAAAUGUAACAUGUUGGACUAAAAAUAUUUUUACUAUCUUAA